CUAAUACAUCUCCUCUUCACCACCAUCGUCUUCGUCGGCGUCUUCUCCAUACUCUCUCUAUCCAUCUACCAGCAUUACAGUCUCUCGGGGCUUAUGCAUAUAUUGUGACGGUGUCAGCAUAGUCCGCAAGUGCUCCACGAGUUAAAAAGUCGAUUCGACACCAGUACGAGUUAGAGGGAGGAGGCUUUCAGCAGUUGACCGUGUACCAUACUGUAUAGUAUUGUACGAGUAGUGGAUACAUAUUGCCCCGUACCAGUGUCGCACGAUAACCUACACAUCUGUAGAAUACCAUACAAAGCACUCAUCAGGAUGAGCAAACCCUCACCAAAUGACCUCCCAACAAUCCUCUCAAACCUAGCACUCACCUCCACUUCCGCCCCAACAAACCCUCCCCGCAGACUAAAACGCAAGCCCAAAACCCUCGACUCGUGGGAAGACGCCUCCAUUUCAUCAUCACCAUCCUCCUCGGAAGACGAAUCAGAUCGCCCCUCUCCACCACCGCCAACGCCCACGACACCCUUCACCCAGACGCACACUAGGAAUUCGUCUUCGGUGUCCUCGAUCGCUUCCCCGCGCGAGACUAUUACUACUCCCGCCGCCGUCGUGCCCGCGGCGGUGACGGCGGGGGAGAGGGGUGGCGGGGGGGAAAGGCCCGUGACGACGGAUGCCGUUGCCCGAAGGAUGAUUUCAGCCUCGUUGGGUGUUAGGGCUAAGAGCACCAAGGAGCAGCGCGAGUACGACGCGGCGGUGAAGGCUGCUGAGCGGAAGAGGAGGGAAGGGGAGAAGGAGAGGGGUAGACUUGAAGAGGAGGAGAGGGAGAGGGUCAGGAGGGGGAUUUGGGAGGAUUAGAUUGGGGUAUUUGGGGUAUUUGGGGUAUUUUGGCUAAUUUUUUUUUUUUUUUUUUUCUGGGGGGUGGGUUAUUAAAACGGAGGAGGGUUAUUGAAUGUUAUUAUGUUAUAUGUACGAGAAGAUGAGGUCUCAUCAAGGAAGUAAGAAAGAAAGUAAAAAAAAAUUUUCUUUCCCCACGAUAAUUCAGGGCUGCAGAGCGUAAAAAAACCAGAGCCCCGCAAACCAGGCUCGAAGAUCAAGGCAGUUGAUAAAACGAGUCCAUCAUCAAAAAAAUUUCCUUCGUAAAGAGUUGCGGGCUACUAAUUCGCCAUCCCGGUAUUCGAAUUGGAAAAUCAACUGCGGUAGAGGUAAACCUGGCAUGAUAUCGUAUCUCCACCGAUUUUGUUGCAGGCGGUGGUUGUGGCCCACACCAACGCCAAAUGCCACAGAUAGUGCAAGCCAAGCCAAGACAAAAAUCACAUCUGAUGAUUCGGCGGGGCGCCGGGGGCCAAAUCCUGGGAAGCCACGGCGGCAUGAGGUUGAACCGGGUUGUGCUCUGGCGCUUGCUUGGUCCUUUUCAAAAGCGGGAGCUUCACCGUCAUUUUCCCCAUUCCCCCUCCUUCCUUCUCCCAACGUGGCUCUGACGACGUCGGCUACCGUACCACAAUAUACAAGUAGCGGGUAGAUACAGUAUCAUACUUGGCAGUAAUGGCGGGUUCGAAUAAACUUAAGCUAGCAAUCGUCCUCCUAACAGUCUCGGCCUUCCUCUACAAAGCCAUAACUCAACGUAGCCCACUCUACCUCCUUGCUCCUCCCUUCCCCCUCCCCCCUUCAAUCUCUAGCAGCUGCAGCAAGAACUUUCCAGAGCUCUUACGAAAUUGCGAGGACUUCUCCAUCCUUCCAAACACAACCCUACUAUUCCUCUCGUGCGACCGUUCACGUCGAGAGUGGUAUCACGCCUUCCGCGCGUUUCCCCCUGACGUGCCGAAGGGCGAGAUAUUCAUCUGGGACUAUGACAAGCCGGAAGUCGAGCCAACGCUGUUGUCCGGAGCAGAGAGUCUGGAUGACGACUUUCACCCCUUGGGGGUCAGCGCUGUACCGAGGGAAGAAGGGGGUGAGGUGAGGCUAUUCGUAACGAAUCAGGCAAAGAAGGAGGCCAGGAUCGAAGUGCUCGAUGUGGACCUGGAAACCAGGACCGCGCGACACAAGCGCAGUCUGACGGACGCCAAGAUAUUCUCCCCGAACGGCAUAGUCGGCGUCGACGAGAACUCGUUCUUCAUCACGAAUGACGGCUUCUUCUCAAGAAGGUGGAGCACAGCUCUCCUGUUCGAGGUCAUCCUUGGCGCCCCUGGGGGACAGGUCGUGCACGUCUCCAUCCCCCCAUUAGCCUCCGCGACGGGCAAAGACUCGGUGGACGCUUACAGCGUCGCUUGGAUCUCACUCGCGAAUGGCCUCGCACUCGACCAUGUCAAGCAGAAAUUGUACGUUGCCAGCAGUACGCAUGGCGUGUACACUUAUUCAAUCCCGGAUAUGUCGCGCCCCUACCUUACCGUUCCGGAGUCGUUCCAUCGCACGCCCUUCGCGACGGACAAUCUGCAUUUAGGUCCUACUAGCCGCCUGUUCGCCAGCGGGAUCACCUCGCUCGGUGACUUUGCCACGAGUAUGCUCUCCGAGGGAAUUGUGGGCCCCGCAGCAUGGACUGCGGAGUUGCUACCCCGGGUGGAUCCUAGUGAUAAGAGGGAGGCAGCUCUACGCGCCUUGGAUCCGGCCAACAGCCCGCUCCGGAAGGAAGAGUGGGUGUGGAGGAGUGUGUACUUGGACGAUGGAAAGUUCUUUGGCGGGGUUAGUACCGGAGGCAUUGUGGAUAUGCAGGGGACGUUUGUCGGGGUUAGUGUUGUGGGGAAGGGAGUCUUGGUUUGUAAGAGGGUUAUCGAGAGGCCGGGAGUUCUUGUUGGGGAGGAGAAUGUUAAGGAGGAGUUAUAGAUGGUUAUCAUCGGGAGAAUAGCAGUUCAAUUAUUUGAUUUUCUUGCGAG